AUGCUGUCCUCGACUGGAAGGAACUUCACUCCACUAGAUGGGUCCAAUGGAACGAGCUCGAGAAGAAAUCCAUUUGUACAGGUUACGUCUACUGAUUCUUGUAAUCUACCCGACCGCCCAUCUCUCAACACCCCGCCCAUCUCCUCGCGUGUUCGUGGCGAGAAACUCGUGAAUUAUAUGGAGCGCUCUCCACCCUCCUCAACAGUGGCAAUCAUACCGGGGUAA